AUGAAUGUGUCAUUUUCUGAAGAAAGACAAACAGAAGAGGAAAUAGAAGAAGAAUCGAUAGAAAAUAAAGAAAAUUUCAGAUGGUCUCAUGAGGCAAUAAUGCUUUUAUUUGAAGAGUAUAGACAACGAGAAUCUUCCAUGUCUUCAGGUAAAAUCAGUCAUAAGAAAGCAUGGGAUGAAAUUGCGGCAACCAUGCACGCCAAGGGAUAUAAUGUCUCUGGUAGACAAUGCAUGACGAGAAUAAAUACAAUGAAACGUACAUAUAAGACAAUUAAAGAUCAUAACGCAAAAUCUGGUAAUAACACGCGCACAUGGAAAUAUUAUGAAAUUAUGGAAAACCUUCUUAGAGAAAAACCUUAUAUGGCACCAUUGGCAACUAUUUCGUCAACUGGAUGUGUAACAUUAAAAGAAAGAUCAAUAUCUCCAAGCAAUAGCAGUUGCAGUUCUACUUGUUCACCCAACAUAAUUUCUC